UCUUCGUCCUUCGUCCACCCCCGAUGCCUUUCGCCUCUUUCUCACCACGAUCGACCGAAAUCAAUUCCGACGUACAGCAGUUCCUUCUCCCGAAGCUUCGGUGUUUCUUACUCAACUCCUCACGAGUGUCCAACGCUCGCGUUCCUGCGGGGGAUAAUUUUUUUUUUUUUUUCCCCACGACUCUCUGCACGUCUCCGAAGUUGGGAACUGAUCAACUUCUUCAAUUGGAAUAUACUCGUCAACGCUCCGCUCUCCGCUCGGAUUACUCGUCGCGCGCGAGUUUCGCGUGCGAAUGGCAGGCGAGGGUGGCCACCCUCUGGAGCGAUAUAUCGGGACCGAGCCCGAUUCGAUACCCGUCCCCGUCGGACAGGCGCGUGAGGGACAGCGAUUCGCGGUCACCCCGCGGCUGGAGGAACGGAGGGGACGGUGCUCGUACUUCGCGCGCCGGUCUCGCGCAAGGGCAUGCUCUGCCUUCGCAUGGCCGGGAAUUUUGCGCGCUCGCGGAGAGAUUCAGCGUGUGACACAAUGGCC